AUGCCAAUAAAUACCCUCAAAUGCCAGAAGUGCAACUCACCACUUCAUAUAGACAAAUCUUUGCUUGGGUUGAGCCAUGCCCAGCAGAAUCUUCUUGUGGGAAAGAUUGAUUAUGCAGACAAAGGCAAAGAGAGGUUGAACCCUCAAGACUAUAUCCCGCCGGAUAGAUUGAAAUUGUACAAUGAAGUGAUCAGUAAUAGCAACAGCAAAAAUAAUAAUAAGAAGGCAAUGUAUGAUAGUUUAAGUGAUGAAAGCGAUGAAGAAGCUAAAGAAGAAGAGCACAGCGCAGCGCAGGUGAAACAGGAAAGUGGGUUCGAGGACCAUGGCACUGGUGCAGACGACAAGAGCCACCUUGAAAACUCUCGUUCAUUUGUAUUGCUAAACUCAGAAAAUGAUGACUCUCUUUCGUCAUCCUUGGAGAGAGAAACGACCACAGAUCCUUCCGCUGUUAAACAGAACAAUAACUCCAAGGAAACUUCUCCAAAGAGAACUGCUGGGUAUGGGCGUUCCAAUGCAGAAAUCCAUACCUUUUCACAACGUACAGCUACACUCGAAAACAUCUUUAAGAUUCUUUCUUCGAACCAAGACAUAGACCACCCCUUGUGUCUUGAAUGUUCCGACUUUCUUUUAGUGAACUAUAAGUUAAAAUUCGAUAAAGACCAGAAGGAAAAGGAAAACUACCUAGCAUUUUUGAGGAAGUUGAAAAGCCAAGAGAACGCUUUCAGCACCAAUGACUUGGAAGAUAAUUUAAAGUCUACUGCAAAGGAAUUCAAGCAGUUACAGAAAGUGGAAUCUAAGAAAUUAGAAGAAUUGAGGAGCUUAGAAGCUGAAAAGUUGAAGUUGGACAUUGAAUUAAAUGCAGUAGAAAGAGAAUAUGAUCAGCUAGUCAGUGGACAGUUGAAUGCUGUCCUUCAAAUGAAGAACCAAGCCGAUUUUGCGCUUUCAAAUAAGGUGAACGAUUUAGACAAGGCGAGGGCGUCGUAUCAAAAAAGUUUGGAUCAUUUGGAUGAAUUAAGAGGCUUGAAUAUCUACAAGAAAAUCUUUAAUAUUACUUUUGACUCACAAUAUGGAACCAUAAAUGGGUUCAGGCUUGGUUACAAAGUUCCCUGGCCAGAAAAUAAUGCGGCAUUGGGGCAAAUUGUAUUGCUCUUGUUGUACUUGUUAAAGCGGUUCAACUUGAAGUUGCAAAACUAUAAAUUGACUCCCUUAGGAUCGCAGUCCCAUAUAGUGAAGAUCACUACACCAUCUGAUGCUACAGGUAGCACAAAUGGAGACCCUGGAGCAGGGGUAAACAGUGUAUAUAUAGAGCAAAAGACUAAGACGAUUUUGGAUCUUCAUACAUCCAAUGAAUUUUCUUUAGGGAAGCUUUUCAAUUUCAAUAAGCUUGAUGUGUCUAUGAUAGCGUUGCUAGAUAUUGUGAGUCAAAUUGAAACUAAAAUAGUAUCGAUUGACUCUGAAAUUGUAUUGCCUUACUCGAUCUCCCCCAAGAGAGAUGCCAUCGGAGGAAAAAGCAUAAGAGUAACAAGUAACGGUGAAUGGACCACGAGCUGCAAAUUUUUGUUGAUCAACCUCAACUGGCUCUUGCUGCACUCAUCGGUACAUUAA